UUCACGUGGGUUUUUUGUGCUAAUUUUUUUUACAUGGUUUUACUUGAUUUUGUGUGUUUUUACUGGUACUUGUUAGUAAAUCUUUGUUCUUGCUUAGGGUUUUUGCUGAGCCAUCUUUAUGAGUCUGUAUGAGUUGAUAGGCUUGUGCAGAUUUUUUCAUUUUGAGCAAAAUUUAUAUAAAGCAAUGGACACUUUAUUAUGCUCAGUGCAUAUCAAAACCCCUUCUCCCCUUGCCUUUUUUGGAGUUGAUAUAGUUGUGUGUUGGUGAAUUUUGCUCAGACACAACUAUGAUUCUGACGUUUUCUUGACCAGAGGGGUGGAGAUGGUGUCAGUUUUGACAAAAUGGGAGAGGACAAAGUAUGCGACACAUGUGGGGAUAUUGGUUAUGAGACAGCACUGGUCAUUUGCAAAAAAUGCAAAGUUGGUUGUGAACAUCUCUAUUGCAUGAGGAAGUUUUAUAUGGCUGCACCUGCUGAUUGGUGCUGUGAGAUGUGUAAAAGUAUCAGCAUGGAUUCAUCAGACUGUGGUUUGAAGAAAGAGUCAUUUAAAGCUGUUACGUGUGAUCUUUCUACUAAGCUGCAUCAUGGUCCUAAAGAUUUUACAGACCGGAAAAGUUUUUGUAAGGGUGCGCGAGGUAAUUGGCAUGAAAAAGCGGUAGGAACAGGGAAAACUAAAUAUUUAUGGACCAGUGAAGUUAAGAACAUGCCAUCAGGAGAGAAGAAAGGAGAAUCCACAUGCGUAGGUCCUGUCUCAAGAAAGCCAUCUAAAUCCAUAGCAUCUGAACAUAAUAUCGCUAGUAUGAAGCCUAAAAGUAUCAUUUAUGCUGACUCUUCUUUUAUGGUGAAAAGCAAUCCAAAGUUUGGGCCAUCCAGAAAUUCCUCUGUUAGGUCUGGUAAUAUCCAGAAUAACACAUCGGUGAAAAAAGUCAAAGAAUUGAAAUCCAUUAUUUCUCCGGUAAAGGAAGAUCGUCAAAUGAGGCAGACUUCAUGUGUCAAAGAUACUGAAACUUCCCAUGCUAAGAAGCAAAAGAAAAUGAAAGAAACAGCAAGUACAUCUCAUAUGUCAAGGCAUAACCAAACUUGUGAUAUUCCACAAACAAAUGCCAGUUUAUCCCCUGCAAUUCCACUUGUAUCCACUGAGGUUAUUAAAAGAACAGAUGGCCACUGGCAAAAGAAAAUAAGCAAGGAAUCAUGUGCAGAUUGUCAGUCUCCCAUGUCAGGCAAGAGCACAUGUGUUGAGCUUACUGAAGAUGCUAAACCAAAGAAUUCGGAUGCUGAUAAUGUUGUUUUUUCAGUUAAGGAGUUUUACAUAAAAGCUGCCGCUGAGGAACCUCUUCCAACUGAUCCUGCUACAAUUGCAUCCUGGACAGGAAGCUUCAUAUUGAAAGAUGAGAAGACCAGUAUCAGUUUUCAGGCUCAUCCAAGAUCACAAGGUCUCUCAAAGGUGAAAGAGUUCUGUAGAAAAAUGCCCGAAGUUCUUGAGUUUGAGCUCUGUUUGUACGAGGAUUUCUUAAGAACUGUUUUUAAGGGAUGUGAUCCUGAUGACCAAGACAUUGGACUGUAUUUUUUUCCUGACGACAGGAUUAGGCCGAAUGCGUACAUUUCCCACUUAGAGCAGUUAUCGGGAAAUUUCUUUUUGAGAAGCUGCAUUGAUGGAGUCGAGUUGCUCGUCUUUACUUCUAAAGUUCUGCACAAAGAUUAUCGUAAGCGGAAUAAGUGUGACUUUUUGUGGGGAAUAUAUCGACAUCGUCAUAGGAAGCUCAAAGUUGCAGUAGAGGAAACAAUGGUUGUCGACAUGGAUAUUGAUUCAGAGGAAGUCGACAUGGAAGUCGACAUGAUAGGUGGAGAAACUGUAGGCACGGUUGAUGUUGUAGUUCCAAAGCAGUUGACUGAGAGCGAUAUUGACAUUCCACCAGGAUUUAGCCCAUCAAUGAGGGGACAAUGGAAGACGAAGAUAAAACAGGAAGUUUGGAAGUUUUAAUGGAACAACCAGAGUUGACCUAGAUGUUUAUACAACCGUCCUGAUUAAUGACUGCAAUCUCCUCUUCAUAGGAGGUAAUAAAUGUUUAGGAUAUAAUGUGAUGGCAAACAAACCUCAUGUGUAAGAAUGUUGUUUUCUUCUUUACAAAUGGUCUGGAAGGUUUGUAGGGCCUGAAUUGAAAUUAUUUCGACAUUGAGCAUGUUUUGAAAUGUUUUUGCUGAGGAACCUUGAUGACCUCAGAGAUGUAAAGAAAUUGCUGCCUUGAAAAUAAAAGCUUCCUAACUGUUUGUAGUGUAAA